CAGCUUGGGAUCCUCCGUUAACUCGGCGACCUCAUCAAUGACCAACGCCUCGAACAGCAAGAAUUCUCGGCCGACAGUGAGGAACCGCAAUCCCUCAAGUACAACAGCAGCAGAUACAUCUGCCUCAGCUUCAUCCAGCUCGCAAUCAUUACAGCCACUGAAUCGUGCUACAACUGGUGCUCGAGGAAACGUAGCUGCCUUCUUGACUAAGCUCUACAAAACCUGUUGCUAUUUUUUCUGUUAUUAGCAUGGUAAAGGAGCCCGCCUCGAACAAUCUCAUCAAGUGGUCAGAUGAUGGACAGUCCUUCAUCGUCGUAAACCAUGUCGAGUUUGCCAAGGAAGUUCUUCCGAAAUUCUUUAAGCACAACAACUUCUCGUCCUUUGUCCGUCAAUUGAACAUGUACGGAUUUCAUAAGGUGCCCCAUCUUCAACAAGGCGUUCUUAUGCCUGACGCGGACUCUGAGCAAUGGGAGUUCAGCAACCCGCAUUUUCAACGGAACCAACCUGAUUUGCUAUAUUUGGUCUCGCGAAAAAAGGCUUCCGGCGGCAACGAAGACAAGGAUGCACUCACAAUGGAUUUGGGACAUAUCCUGCAGGAAGUGACGGCUAUUAAACGACACCAAGUCGCCAUCUCGACGGAUUUGAAGAACAUCGAGAGGGAUCAUCAAUCACUGUGGCAGGAGUCGAUUGCAGCACGGGAAAGACAUCAGAGACAACAGGAUACGAUCGAUAAGAUCCUACGAUUCUUGGCAAGCGUGUUCUCGGGCGACAAGAAGAGGGCGAUUGUACCAAACAAGAAAGCGAGACUGACUAUCACGGACGGAGAUCACGAUGGGUCCUCAAGCGUUGAUGAUGGCAGACGGCUGGUUGAGGAGGGAGAUGAAGAGGAAGAGGAGAACAACAAAGCGGAAACCUUACUUGGUGAAAAGAGGAAGCGUGGCGGGACGGAUGACAAACCAAACACAGUCGAUGGUAUACUUAACAGCAGCAAGCUGCCGUUCAAUAUUAGCGAAUUGACACCUGCCACACUGGCCUUGCUCGCAAACACCCAGCAAGGUGGGAACUCGAAGCAGAACUCGACAUCAAAGGCCACAACUAUCAGCAGCACCCUUCCCGCAGUUCCCACAGUCUCGGCAGCGACAGCGAUGAAUCUCAACUUCCCCGACUAUCUAACAUCCCUCCCUGCUCUGAACUAUGUCGGCGCUGGAAACAACGGCAUCAACACAACGCUUCCCAAUGGCUUCAAAUUUGAUCCGACGAAUAUCACGAUCCCGACCACGCUUUUGCCGAAUGCGCUCUCGCCUGUCCACCAUGAUAUGCUCCGGUCAAUCUCGAUGGCGAAUGCGCUCGACACAACGCACAAUCCACCACCGCUAGCGCCACUACCGCCGUCAUUUUCACAAACGCCGGAAGGGGCCUCGGUCACCAAGAGUGUGGAGCAGAUUACGCAGGAAAUGGACCAGUUACAGCGAAACAUUGAGGCUUUGUGGCAGCAAGGAUUGAUUGACAGCGAUGCUUACUUUGCCAUGGCGGACUCAUAUGACCCGAGCGGAUCGAGCACUCUGGGAAAUGCAUAUCAAGGAGCGGUUGGAAACGAUCAAGCAAGCGCAACAGUGACGCCGACUUCGUUGUCGGCCGUGCCACCUUCUUUGACAGCACCAACACAGUCUCCGUCCGUCGGUGCCAAUCCAAGGAUAUCGACAGUGGACGAGGAGGAGUAUCUUGAGGAUCUGUUGGACAUGGAUCCUGUCUAGUUACCGAAAGAGGAUUUUGCUUCCCUCUUGUCCAUGAGACACAACAAGAACAGAUAUAUAUAUAUAUUCGCAUUGUCAUUUCAAAAAAGUGAGGACAUGGUCCAACAACAUCGCUCAAUU